GAUCAUUCCGAUGUUCUCGAGCCAUGCUUGUGGAUGGGUUUUGCCUGCAUAAAAAAUGGCCGCUGUCCACUUUGACAACACGAGCUGCGGCAGCAGCGGCACUGGCAGCAGCAGCAGCCGCUCAGCCUGCGAGCUCUGACAGGACGACGAGGAGGCCGUCGAGCAAUUUCCUGCUUCGCUGGUGGUGCUCUCGCAGCAGCGGGCGUGGCUUUUUGAGUCAAGGAAUGUCCCCGUCCCCUCGCCCCCGCCCUCUCGCCCUCUCGCCCUUCGCCUCAUCUCUCCUCUCUCUAUGUCGCCCCCCCUCGCCCUCCUCCUCCCCCACCACCCCCACCUCCACCUCCCGUCGGCGUCACCUGCAGCAGCAGCAGCAGCAGCGGGAGCUCGCCUCGCUCUCCUGCGCAGCAGCGCCGGGCUUCGGGUGUGGAACUGUUGUGAUUUCCACGGGACGUGAUUGGGCCUCCCGCGGCGGAAUGAUCGCUCUCGUGUAGCGCUGAGAAUCGGUGGACGACCACGAAUGCGCAUCGACAUGGAGAUCUGCCGAGCGGUUCCACCCGCGGGGGGCUCCUCCUCCUCCUCCUCCUGCUGCUGCCGCUGUGGGUGCUUGCGCUGGAGCGCAGCCGAGAGGCGAGCUCGGGGCAGGCCUCAGCCCUCGGCCUAGCCAGACGCGAAUCGAGCAGCGAAUCGGAACCGGUGGUGGUGGUGGUGGUGGUGCGAGCCCGACCGAGCACGAGCACGAGCACCGCUGCAGUGGACGUCUGUCGUCCUAGUGUAGGCCUGCCUCGAGAGAUUUCGAACCGGGGGGUCCAGAAGCAAUCGCCUGCGCGUGGGAUGGUGUCGUCGAUCGAGGCAAAAGAGAGGAGAGGGCAGACGAGAGGUUCAUGGAGGGUUUUGGAAAGCUUCCGCGACGUGAAGAGGAAGAGGUGACUAUGAGCGCCUGCGCCUCGACGAUUGGCGACUACUCAUCGAACUGACGCAGUCUUGGGCGCUGGCUCGUACCUUCGAUGAUGCGGUCGUGGCGAGCGCAUCAGCAUCGGCUCGGGACGGGCGCCUGUAGAAUGCGGUAGCGGCGGUCGUCGAUUUCUCGGGCGCUUGAUGAUUGAGGAGCAAUGUAGUCCUGCCGGAGGCCGUGGCGGCAAUUUGCUUGAGCCCGGGCUGCUCUGCUCGGCUGCACUAGGCGGCCUGCGAGCUGAUCGAUGCGGUCGCGUCUGAGCUAGCUAGGUAGGACUCGAGGCUUAUGGAUGGGCGAGGAGAUGAUUUCGGCUUCUGAGAUCGACCGCGGUUGGAUUCUCACGAGGCCCGCCUCCGCGCAGGAUUGGUGCUCCUCUCUGCACCACAUUUUCCGCGCCGAGUGGCCCUCCGGCACCAAAUUCUUCCCCAGCGUCUAUGCUCUCGCGAGGCGCAUGCCGUAGGCCGAGCCCCCGCUGCCACUUCUGCUGCGGCGCCUGAGCCCGACAUGUGCGCUUUUGUUUCGUUUGUUCUGCUGGUGGAUGAUGCUGGUGCCUGCUCGUCCAGCAAUGUGGCUCUGGCAGAUCGCCUCGAGGAGCGCCCCGAGGUUUCAUGCCCGUCGGGGCAUGCCGCCCCGACUCUGGCCGUCUCCUCCACACUUCCGCCAUCCUCGACGCCAUCCCGCACCCGCAGCACCGACCAAGAACGGACCGGGAUUCCCUCGCAGAAUUUCGGUGCGCAUUUUGAAUCGCCGGGUGCUGCCAGUCCCGUCGAGAGAUGGAAAUUUGCCGCAGAUGUGAGGUCGACUGACAUUAGUCUUGCGCAAGAUUCGUCUCCAGAGUCUUCGGGUUCUCCUCCAGAGUCUCAGGCAUCGAACCGAGAUCUUCUUGCAGCUGCAUCCGGAGACUGUCACGGCUCGAACGCAAGGUGUACCAUCUCGCAGAUUCACGAGGUUCCGACCGCACUCGACGACGAGGUCACAUCGGCCGCCCGACGAAGCUGCGCUCUCACGAGCACUCCGCCGAGAGUCGUCGUCGUCGUCGGCCGACCUCCGUCGUGGCCCGUGGUUCCGAAUGGGUCAGGGUCUUCCGCCAUCUCCUCCCGAGCUGGAGUCGUUGCCAGGCCCUCGCCUCGGAGAAAUGUAAAGUGUGGGGUUCGAGCUGAAGGGACCGAUGCCCUACAUUGGAGUUCCUUCCAUGAGCCUCUCGAUGCCACCCGCCAGAUCGAACACAGGCUUGCGACUGCUCAUUCCGCAGACGGGACUUCUGGAGGUACCUUUCUCGGAGCAAUGAGUCUAAACCAAACCUGCUACAGCUCGACCGCCGACAUUUUACCAUCUCAAAUUUCACUUGGAGCUUUCCCCCUUACCAAUAGUCCAAAUUGCACUGUAGAUCGAGAUUCCAGGCAACUUUCACAGCUACGAUAUCCUCAGCAACAACAGGGGGUGAACGAAAGCUCUGAAAAAACUGCUUUUGAACCAGUUUCUUCCUUUGGCAAUAUUUCUUUGGAUCCACAAUCGGAAGAGAGAAGACAAAGGCAGAGUCAUGGAGGAAGAUCUGUCCAGUGGCCCCAGUUGACAGAGCACUUUAGUGUGCUUGGAAAAUUCUACUUUUCUACCAAAGUGUUUCCAGUCUUCACUACUCUGAGAGGGAAUAUUGUGGAAGUCCCCUUCACUGCGGAAGAAUUGAAUGAGCGUGGCAGUCUACCCAUAGAAGUCAACCAUUACCUUUGGUGGUAUCUAGAUGGACUUCACUGUCGACCUUCUUCUAGGCGACCACUCAAGAGAAAUGCUGGCACCGCAAGAUCGUUUAAGUGCUUCGCACACCAAUCCGGGAAGGUCAGUUUUCAGAUCAUGGAAGAGAAGAAUCAGGCAAGCACCUUACUGCCGCGCGUGCUUGCAUUUGAUAGUGUCCUCAAAGUUUAUGAUGAAGAUGGACAUCAAGAACAUGGACGCAGCCGUCAAGUGACCCGAGCUCAGAGUGAAACUUAUCAUAGGCUCGCCGACAGAGGAAUCUUUGCCGGCCUGCAGCACUACAUGCAUUGCGGGGAUGGUAAGUGCUACUUUGACCGUACGGAGUCGAGAGCAGAUGCGGAUGUGCAGGAUCCCGAAUUCAGGCAGUUUACCACCAUUGCAAAAGCUCGCUGCCUCUGUAUACACAUUUGUAGAAUCAACACAGUUUUCAACUACAUCUCCAGAUUGCAACUGUUGUUUUCUACGACCAUCACCAUGAAUAUGGAUCGGUUUGUUGUCAAAUUCGGACAUCUCUACGAUGUGCGCUGCAAGCUUGUCUCUUACAUCCAAGACUGGCGUUUUCCAUGGGAGAGAAUCGCCAUUAAGUCUGUGUGCUGCACGUCAAAGCCAACCGACUUCUCAAGCAUUGAACUGGAGAGAGCGUUGUCCGACCACUUUGUACAAGCUGACUCACACCUUGUCUAUCCCAGAUCCUUGGUGGCGACAAUCGCCAACCGCUGGUUGAAGCACAUGGAUCCAUAUGUACAUACAAGAGAUCAGCAUUGGGGAAAAAAGAGAGGUCAUUUAGAGUCGGCCUUAGAAGUUAUCUCUCCUUAUAAAGAUUCCCUUAAGCACGCAAAGACGGGAAAAAAGCUGCGCGUGCCAGACGAAGGAUGGCCUGCUAGUAGACUCCACUACUUGGAGACGAACGAUAGACAACCGGAAGGGUAUGGCGUAAAUUUUGAGUCAUACCAUUCGGAACCCAUCCUUGGCAAAACAUGUGAUCAGGCAAUAUCUACGGAGCAAAAGUGGAGUAUUUCAACUUUUGGUUACCGAAAGAUUCCGAUGUAGUUGGAAUAAAAGGACGACAAUUAUAUUUGAAGGACUCCAGCGAUUUGAACUGUUGUCUAUGAGACCGGCAAGUAUUAUGUCUGGAGAAGAAAGGAGCCAAAGCUUUCUUUUGCAUGGAAUGUUGCAGGAGAAGCUUUGUGCGAGAUAAAUAAAAAAAAAGCAACCAGACCAAAACCCUUCACAUGUCUUUCGGCUAUUUCAGUUAGAUUCUCGAGCACGAGAGAGCGAAUCACCAACCCCAGCCCCCUCCUUUAUCUGAUAAUUCUAAUUAGGACUUCCGAUGAAGAAAGGAGUAGUGAGAAUCGUUGAUUUCUCUCCCCAACGGUAGAAUGAAAUUUCGGACCUUCCCAGGAGCAGUAACUUGUACAGGUCAGACAGUGCCUUGCCCUACCCUGACGGAAGCUCGCCGAUCAGGACAUUUUUGAAAGAGCUCAUUUGAUUUUAAUUUAGAGAUUCUGUAAAGAUGCGGUUUUACUGCAGUGCCCCGUCUUCUCUAAACUCCUGACAUGUUCUGGGCAGUGCUAUUCUUCUGAAGAGCUCCCUACUGUACAAAUAGGAAUCUAUUCUAUUUUUGUAGAAAUGAAGCCCUUAAUUAUAUAAAUGAAUUUGAAAUUCGCAAUUGUGAAAUCU